GAAGUUGCUUCCGGCGUGCGUUGAGUGUUUUGGCUGCAGUUCUUCAACUAAAAACUCCACAACCGGGACGAGGGGCUGGAGAGAAAGGGGGAGGUCGGGGUGGCGAGGGCGUGUGGGGAGAAGGUCAGGGGACCCCCGCCGCAAGGGGUUGCUGGUGACAGCCAGAGGCGGCUUAACCCCUCGCAGCCUGGUCAGCCCUAGUCUCAGAGCUGCCCCAUUCUGAAAAGCGGGGAGAGCCCGGGGACUCCCACCCCCGAAACUAAGCGAGCAUCGUCUCCCGGGCCCUGACCCGGCGCUCUCCUUGUCUCCACCGCCUCAGAGGGGAGCCAUGAAGGUGGUGAAUCUCAAGCAGGCCAUUCUGCAGGCGUGGAAGGAGCGAUGGAGCGACUAUCAGUGGGCUAUCAACAUGAAGAAAUUCUUCCCCAAGGGAGCCACGUGGGACAUCCUCAAUCUGGCAGAAGCCCUGCUGGAGCAGGCCAUGAUCGGACCGUCCCCCAACCCUCUCAUUCUGUCGUACCUGAAGUAUGCCAUCAGCUCCCAGAUGGUGUCUUACUCCACAGUACUCACAGCCAUCAGCAAGUUUGAUGAUUUUUCCCGUGACCUCUGUAUUCAAGCCCUACUGGAUAUUAUGGACAUGUUUUGUGACCGGCUAAGUUGUCAUGGCAAGGCAGAGGAGUGCAUAGGUCUGUGCCGUGCCCUCCUCAGUGCCCUUCAUUGGCUGCUUCGAUGCACAACUGCCUCAGCAGAGCGACUUCGGGAGGGCCUUGAGAUGGGUGCCACAACAGGGGAGAAACAACUCACCAUGUGUCUUCAGCAGCUUCAGAAGAUCCUCAGCAGCACGAAGAAUCGAGCCCUGCUACAUAUUGCCAAACUGGAGGAAGUCUCCUCCUGGACAGCCAUUGAGCAGUCACUAUUGAAGUUUGGAGAGAUGUUUGCCAGCCUCAAUAAUUCCCAUCUCCAGAGUCAAGCAGAAGAGUGUGGAGCACUCAUUAGAAGCAUUCCCAUCAUGCUAUCUAUGCACUCAGAACAGCUGCACAAGACUGGGUUCCCUACAGUGCAUGCUGUGGUCCUCCUGGAGGGCACCAUGAAUCUGACAGGAGAGAUGCAGCCAUUGGUUGAACAGCUGAUGAUGGUGAAGAGGAUGCAGCGUAUUCCCACCCCACUCUUUGUCCUUGAGAUCUGGAAAGCUUGUUUUGUGGGUCUCAUUGAAUCCCCUGAGGGAAUCGAGGAGCUCAAAUGGACAGCCUUCACUUUUCUCAAGAUUCCUCAGGUUUUGGUGAAGUUGAAGAAAUAUGUUCAAGGGGACAAGGACUUCACUGAGGAUGUCAACUGUGCCUUUGAGUUCCUGCUGAAGCUCACACCCUUGCUAGACAAAGCUGACCAGCGGUGCAACUGUGACUGUAUCGACCUGCUACUCCAGGAGUGUAGUAAACAAGGACUGCUCUCUGAAUUGAAUACAAACAACUUGAAGGAAAAGCGUGCAGCUGACCGAGAAGAGGCCCCUUGGUUGAAAUCAGCUGAAAAUGCCAACAUCCAGCCCAAUCCAAGGCUGAUUCUCCGAGCAGAGCCCACAGUCACUAACAUUCUCAAGACAAUGGAUGCAGAUCACUCCAAGACCCCAGAAGGACUCUUGGGGGUUCUCGGCCACAUGCUUUCUGGGAAGAGCCUGGAUUUGUUGUUAGCUGCUGCUGCUGCCACUGGAAAGCUCAAGUCCUUUGCCCAAAAAUUCAUUAAGUUGAAUGAAUUCACGAAGCACAUCAAUAAUGAAAACUCCAAAGGAGCUUCAGUCCGUGCUCUGCUUUUUGACAUCUCCUUCCUCAUGUUGUGCCAUGUGGCCCAGACCUAUGGUUCAGAGGUCAUUCUGUCAGAAUCAAGCACUGUGGAUGAAGUGCCCUUCUUUGAGACCUGGAUGCAGACAUGUAUGCCUGAGGAGGGCAAGAUCCUGAAUCCUGACCACCCCUGCUUCCGGCCUAACUCCACCAACGUGGAAUCCCUAGUUGCCCUGCUCAACAGCACGUUUGAAAUGAAGCACAUGCAGAUGAAGUGGCAUGAAGCCUGUCUCAGCAUCUCAGCAGCCAUCUUGGAGAUUCUGAAUGCCUGGGAGAAUGGAGUCCUGGCUUUUGAGUCCAUCCAGAAAAUCACAGACAACAUCAAGGGAAAGGUGUGCAGCCUGGCAGUGUGUGCGGUUGCUUGGCUUGUGGCCCAUGUCCGUAUGCUAGGCCUGGACGAGCGUGAGAAAUCACUGCAGAUGAUUCGACAGCUGGUGGGGCCUCUCUGCAGUGAAAACACCCUGCAGUUCUACAGUGAGAGGGUGGUGAUCAUGAGCUCAAUUCUGGAGCACAUGUGUGCUGAUGUUCUACAGCAGACAGCCACACAGAUCAAGUUCCCAUCUACUGGUAUGGAUACAAUGCCCUAUUGGAACCUUCUGCCCCCGAAAAGACCCAUCAAGGAGGUGCUAACGAGCAUCUUUGCAGAGGUUCUGGAGAAGGGCUGGGUGGAUAGCCGGUCCAUCCAUAUCUUUGACACCCUGCUGCAUAUGGGUGGUGUUUACUGGUUCUGCAACAACCUGGUCAAGGAGCUGCUGAAGGAGACUCGAAAGGAGUAUACCCUUCGAGCUGUGGAUCUACUCUACUCUAUCUUCUGCCUAGACAUGCAGCAAGUCACCCUGAUCCUGCUGGGCCACAUCCUUCCUGGCCUUCUCACAGACUCUGCCAAGUGGCAUAGCCUCAUGGAUCCCCCAGGCACAGCCCUGGCCAAGCUUGCAGUGUGGUGUGCCCUGAGCUCGUACUCCUCUCACAAGGGGCAGGCAUCUUCCCGACAGAAAAAGAGACACCGUGAGGACAUUGAGGACUACAUCAGCCUCUUCCCCCUGGAUGAUACACAGCCGUCAAAGUUAAUGCGACUUCUGAGUUCCAAUGAGGAUGAUGCCAAUGUUCUUGCUAGCCCCACUGACAGAUCCAUGAGCAGUUCUCUCUCAGCCUCUCAGAUGCACACAGUGAAUAUGAGAGACCCUUUGAACCGAGUCCUUGCAAACCUGUUCCUGCUCAUCUCCUCCAUCUUGGGGGCCAAGACGGCAGGCCCUCAUACCCAGUUUGUGCAGUGGUUCAUGGAGGAGUGUGUGGACUGCCUGGAGCAGGGCAGCCGAGGCAGCAUCCUGCAGUUCAUGCCUUUCACCACUGUGUCAGAAUUGGUCAAGGUAUCAGCCAUGUCGAGCCCCAAGGUGGUUCUGGCCAUCACGGACCUCAGUCUCCCUCUGGGCCGACGGGUGGCUGCCAAAGCCAUUGCUGCACUCUGAGAGUGGUGGAGGUGAAGUACUUUUUUUGGGGGGGUGUUACAUUUGAGGAAUGAAGGAAACUGAGGAACAGAUAGAGCAGCAGGAGAGACUGAACAACUGAGAGACCAAGGAACUCUUCUAUGCAUUGACUGAUUAUUAAUCAGGGAGGACUUUCUGGAGAAUGCCUGUGCCUCUUGUCUUAGCAUCCAUCUGUCCUCUGUCCAUCCUUCUUUGUUCCUGGUUCUCUUCCCAUUCCUUUGCUUACCCAGAAUUUCCGUUUCUGCUUCCUCUGCCUGCCUUAGGAAUUGGUGCUUUGGUGGGCCUCCAUUACCAGACGAGUAAAGUCCCAUUCCUCAGGGACGGAAUGUGGCUCCUGGAAAUGGAUCAUCCUUGCACCUCCGCUCCCGGUUCUCCUCGAUCACCUUGCGCUUUGCCACCCUCUUUGAGUCAUCCAGGACCACUGUAGAAGGACAAUGACAAUCCCUCCCAUCUGUUCUGCACUCCUACCUCCAGUCACAGAACAGAGUGAGGUAUCUUGAGUUUGAAUCUUGGUGCAAACACUUGUUAUCUGGAGACAGAUGCCCUGAUUGCCUUCCCUACUUGCCUCUGCCUCUUGCAAUCCCUGGCUUCUUUCAGAGCCCAACUCACAUGCCAACUUCUUCAACAAGGCCUUUCCUGAAAACCGCCCCUUCCCUCCUGGUGGUUGUUAUUCCUCACUCCCUUUUUAUGUAUAUACUGUAUUUCUGACCCCUCCAUAAACAGCAGAAUAUAAGGGACUGCUGUCAUUUUUAUAUUCCAGUGCUUGGCACAGCAUCUUGCAGUUUUUCAGACCAGACCAGGGAACUAGUGGUGAGGAAAUUCAAGGCUGGGUGGCACAGUUGAUGUUGCAGUGUUAGACUUUGAGUCAGGAAGACCCAAUUUCAAAUCCGGCCUCAGAGACUUCCUGGUUGUGCCAUCCUGGUCAGUUCACUUACCCGCUCCCAGCCUCAGUUUCCUCAGCUGUAAAUGGGGAUAAUAAUACACCUACCUCACAGUUGUGGGGAUCAGAUGGAAUAAUGUAUGUAAAGAGCUUUGCCAGUCUUAAACCACUGUACACAUGCCAGCUGUUCAGUUUUCUGUAGUCAUGAAGAUUGGUACCUGCUCUACUUACCUAUAAACUUAAGAGUCUUUAUAAAGAGAGUUGCUUGGGCCAUUAAGAGGUUAAAUAACUAGCCCAGGGUCACAGAACUAGCCAGUUUGUCAAAGACAGAACUUGAACCCAGGAUUUCUGGCCAAGGCUAGCUUUUUAUUUACUAUACCAUGCUGCCCCUUACACCUGGUAGGCUCUUAAUCAUUGUUUGCUGAAUCAUGUUGUAUGACCAUGGGGCAAGUCAUGUAACUUCUCUAGGUCUCAGUUUCUUUUUUUUUCUUUUUUUUUUUUAAUUUUUUUUUGGAGGAGGGGAAGGCAGGGCAAUUGGGGUUAAGUGACUUGCCCAAGGUCACACAGCUAGUAGUGUGUCAGGUGUCUGGGGCCAGAUUUGAACUCAGGUCCUCCUGACUCCAGGGCUGGUACUCUACUCACUGUGCCACCUAGCUGCCCCAUAGGUCUCAGUUUCUUUAUAAAAUGAGGAUAAUAAAUACACAUGAUUCCUGUCCCACAAGAUUAUUUAUUGGUAAAGUCCUUUAUAAACCAUACACUACCACAGACAAGCGCUUGAUUUUGUUUCCUGACCAGUCUCUCGUGUUCUCCUAGCCUACUAUGUUAUUCCAUGGUGUGGAUUUCUUCCCAGUAUGGGUUGGAAUAGAUGGAUGCUGAGGUCCCUUUUAUCUCUGGAUUCUGUGAUAACUUUUCCCAUAUUACAGAAUGGAACUGAGACUUGGAAAGAAUAGGUCCUUUCUUUAAUGACUUUUAUUAUUGUAUUAUUGAGUUCUGUGAAGUAUUGCUUUGAUAGUUUGAUUUGUAUUGCAUUCGAAGUGUAAAUUAACUUUAGGAGAAUUAUCAUUUGUAUUAUGUUGGCACAGCCUGGCCUCAAGUAUUGAAUAUUCUUACAGCUAUGUAUUUGGAGAAAUAGAAGAGCUAGAAAAGAAAAAUAAUGGUUAAGGAUGAAGAGAUAAUAGCACUUCAAGCCUCAAAUUAUUGUAAAGCAAAUGUCUUUAAGAUUAUUUGCUGUUGGCUAAAAGAAUAGAAUCAGAAACAGUGGAGCUCAACCUAGCGUUUCAUAAGUGGGAAACACAUUUUAGUUAGUAAAGAACUCUGUUUGUUAAAUGCUGCUGGGAAAAGUGGGGAGUAUUUUGGCAAAAACGAUACUAAGUCCACUAUCUUACAUCAUAUCCUACACUAAGUUCAAGGUGGGUAUAAGACAUUUGUCAUAGGAAAGAUCCUAUCCUAAAAAAAUUAGAAGAGAAGCAGGUCAUACACCUUUCACAAAUACAGGUAGGAAGUGUAUUCAUGUUGAAAUGCAGAAUAGAGGCAAUUACAAAAGAUAAAAUAGAUAACUGCAUGAGACUGAAGAACUUCUGCACAAAAAAAAAUUAUUAUAUCUAGAAUAAGAAUGGAAGCAGUUGAAUAGGACAAAAAUUUUUGUAUCAACUUUCUCACAUAAGGCUUUCAUUUCCAAGAUAUAUAAAUAACCCGUGUGUAUGUGUGUGUUUGUGUGUUUGUAUAGUUUAGCUAUAUACCAAAUACUUUUCCCCAAUAAACAUGAUUAAAGAAUGUGAACAAA